UCACGUGUAUAGAUGUGAUUUUGAUGAAAAAAAUAGUAUACGCGUGAAUUUUUAUGUAAAUCACAUCACCUGAAAAACUAUAUUUACUUGUUAUUCUUACGCAGACGCUGGAUUCACGAUUUGUCGGUAGUACUCGGAAAUGAUUACUUUCAUUUAUUUAGAUUUUAUCAGUAACCAAACGCGCCCUAACGCCUCUGUUACACCGCCCAAACCGCCACCGCGCCGCAGACGGCGUAACCGAACUAGUUAUGGAGCCACCGAACCCAUCCUAAGAUGAAUUCUCUCAAUUUCCUCCUCCCCACCUCCAAUUCUUCGAACCCCCACCUAACCCUAGCCCGACCCCAGCCCCGGCAAUAGCCCAGGUCCCUCAGCCAUCGGGGCCAGCUCCACCCACUUCCCCCGACCAACUUCUUUUUCCAGUCCCCAGAAAACGACGCCAUGGUAGAUCUCAACCCAACCGCAGUGCUCUCACGGUGUCGUUUCAUUUGCCCAAUGCUCUCGCCACUAAAUUGCCUCCAAACAAAUUACAAGUUCCCGACUCCAAUUCUAACGCCAAUGCUAACUCUUUACCCAAAAGGACGCCGGAUAUCUGCGAGGAAAUUAUAGUAAUCAACAAGGAGUCAACUUCAGAGGCGUUAACGUCUGGAUUUCCGGCCGAUUCGCUAAUGGAGGAGGAGAUUGAUUUCGGAGUCUGCGGCGUGGUAGGUCGGAUUGAGCAGGCGAAUUACAUUCUGGUUCGUAAUCACAUAUCCAAAUGGCGCGAAAAUGUGUCUCGUUGGGUGAGUAAAAGAAAUGAACAUUGUCAUUCUCUGUUAGAUUCAGCGUAUAAUUAUUUGGUUUCUUACGGAUAGAUAAACUUUGGAUUUGCGCCGGAGAUUAAGGAGAAGAUUCUGGCUGAGCCAAGUAGUGGUAAAUAGAGAGUUAUAGUUGUUGGUGCUGGGCUGUCAGGCUUGGCUGCAGCUCGACAGUUGUUGAGGUUAGGGUUUAGAGUCACGGUUUUAGAAGGGAGAAAGAGGGCAGGCGGGUGAGUUUACACGAAGAAAAUGGGAGGAGGAGGGCAUAAAGUGAAUGCAUCGGCUGAUUUAGGAGGGAGUGUAUUGACUGGGACGUUGGGGAAUCCUUUAGGGAUUUUGGCUAAGCAGUUAGGUUGUUGGCUUCACAAGGUUAGAGAUAAGUGUCCUCUUUACAGGCUGGAUGGGAAGCCAGUGGAUCAGGAGAUGGAUGUGAAGGUGGAGGCUGAUUUUAAUCGACUGUUGGAUAAAGCAAGUAGGUUAAGGAAGUUGAUGGGGGACAUUUCGACGGAUGUAUCACUUGGGGCUGCUUUAGAGACCUUUUGGAAGGUUGGUGAGGAUAAUUUGAAUUCGGAGGCAAUGAGUUUGUUUAAUUGGCAUUUUACAAAUUUGGAAUAUGCAUCUAAGCUUUCUUUAGCAUUUUGGGACCAGGAUGAUCCAUAUGAUAUGGGAGGUGAUCAUUGUUUUUUGCCCGGAGCUAGGUUGGUUCAGGCAUUGGCUGAGAAUGUGCCAAUAAUGUAUGAGAGAACUGUAAAUACUAUUAGAUAUGGUAGUGAUGGGGUUCAGGUGAUUGCUGGGAGUCAGAUGUAUGAGGGUGAUAUGGUGUUGUGUACUGUUUCCCUUGGGGUUUUAAAAAGUGGUUCAAUCAAAUUUAUUCCAGAGUUGCCUCAGAGGAAGCUUGAUGCAAUUAAGAGAUUGGGAUAUGGGUUGUUAAAUAAGGUUGCAAUGCUCUUUCCAUACGUGUUUUGGGAAACCGAUCUUGAUACAUUUGGACAUGUGACUGAUAAUUCGAGUUGUCAAGGAGAAUUCUUUCUGUUUUACAGUUAUGCAACAGUUGCUGGUGGUCCUCGUUUGCUUGCUUUAGUUUCAGGAGAGGCUGCUUAUAAUUUUGAGAGCAUCCCUCCUACUGAUGCAGUGACCAAAGUUCUUCAAAUUCUCAAAGGUAUAUAUGAACCACAAGGAAUAAUUGUCCCAGAGCCUAUCCAAACUGUCUGCACCAGAUAGGGUGGCGAUCCUUUUAGCUUAGGUUCUUAUUCUAACGCUGCAGUAGGGGCAUCUGGAGACAAUUAUGAUAUAAUGGCAGAAAGUGUGGGGGAUGGACGACUCUUCUUUACUGGGGAGGCCACCACUAGAUGGUACCCUGCAACUAUGCAUGGAGCUUUUCUUACUGGACUUAGGGAAGCGGCGAACAUGUCUACUUACUAUGCUUAGGCUCGAGGCCUGAGGAUGAGAGUAGGCAGAAACCCAUCGAAGAAUUCUCAUACAUGUACAUCUUUACUGGCAGAUCUGUUCAGGAAACCUGAUUUAGAAUUUGGGAGUUUUUCUGUUAUUUUCAGCCAAAAGACUGCUUGUUCAAAGUCAGUGGCUAUUUUAAGGGUGACAUUUAAUGAGCCUCGAAAGAAAAAUCAUGAAGGAUCAAAACCAGAUCAACAGCAUUCAAAUAAGGUGCUUUUUGAGAAGCUUCAGUCACACUUCAAUCAGGAGCAACAGCUUCACGUUUACAUUUUAUUAAUGAGGCAACAGGUGCUUGAUCUGAGAGAUGUCAGAGGAGGUGAUAACAUGAGGUUGAACUUCUGUGAAAAGUUGGGAGUGAAGCUGAUGGGGAGAAAAGGUUUGCGAUCUACUGCUGACUCAGUCAUUGCUUCCAUAAAAGCUGAGAUCAUUCGCAAAACUUCUUCAACUUUGGCUUCAAAUUCUGGUGAGAAACAUUAAAUCUUUUUCUUCUUUCCCUGUGUCAGAGACAUGCUGUUCAUAAAACUUUUAAUGACAUUUAUUUCUAGAGGAGGUAUUUCAAAGCAGAAAACUGGCACGUUGAAGCAAAAUGUGGUCAAAAAGGCCAGAACAAUGAGCAAUGGCAAGGAAUCUGCACCUUGUCCUAACAAGCCAGUACUUCUACUUAGUUUGAAGACAGUGAAUGCAAAUGUUUCAGAGGAACUUAAGAUUACAAA